AUGGAUUCCUGCCCGGUGUGUCACGAGCAUUUCACCGACGACACCCCUGGCAACUGCGCAAGCUGCGUGACAAACAUGCUCUACACGUGUCGCUUUGACCUUGCUAGAGUCUUAAUCGAGAAAGAGUCACUACAGAAGAAGGUCGAGGCAAUCAUUGGUCCGGAGACUGAACAACCUCUCGAUGAAGAGACGGCGAGGCUGCGAAAUGGAUGGCAGCGACAACAGGAAAAGAUCGAGGAGCAACGAGAGAAGGAGUUGCAAGAGGAUAUGCAACGUGAGCUAGCGCUCAGACAGAAGGAAGUUGAAGUGCGGAGAGCUCAUGCGCAAGAGUUGCGAGCCAACUUGGAACAGAGAAAAGCCAAUCUGGCGGUCGCAAAAGAUGCGCUAGCCAGACACAACAAGCAGAAGGAGCAGGAACUGAGAGAGAGCAGCGAGAAGCUAAAGGCCCAGUAUGAUGCUCUCCAUAACAAGACUGUCGACACGAGAGCCAUCCUCUGCCGCGAGGCUGCCAGUUUACUGAGGUUGAGCCACUCCAAGAAGAAGACCAAGGACGGUACAAUCAAGGAUCGCCACUAUAUUGCUGGUCUAUUGUUGCCCGACUUGAAGGAGAUCAAUAAUAUGCGAUGCACGGAACUGACAGCAGCCCUUGGAAAUGCUACUCGACUGAUCUUCCUCUGUGCUUUCUACCUGGGGAUCAGACUUCCGGCUGAGAUUACCCUGCCGCAUCGCGACUAUCCACUUGCAACAAUCAACACCCCUCUCACCUCCUAUCUCAACCAACGCAUCACGUUCCCUGGUAGUGGUUCCAGCCUUUCAGUGCCCAGCAGCCCUACUGCUUCUCGCCUGGACCUCGGCACGGCUCCCAAACCACGCCCGCUGUACAUCGGCUCUGACGAUUACAAUGAAUCAGUUGCCCAAUUUGCGAAGAAAGAGCCACUAGCAUUCAGUUAUUUCAUUGAAGGCAUGUCUCUACUCGCGUGGGAUGCUGCAUGGCUCUCCCGCACUCAAGGAUUCGUCGCCGGCACCGAAACGUGGGAAACUGUUUGCGAUAUUGGUCGUAUUCUCUAUCAGAUGAUCCUUGCUCAGCCACAAUCUGCCGCAAUCACGCGGGUCCUUUCCCAGCGAGACGUUCAACUUCGUCGCCGUCGAUCUAGUAGCAUGUCCUCGCCAGCCAGAGAAGAGAAGGAGAGCACCUUCCCUGCCCGUCUGGGCUCAUACUCCCACGACUCGGCCCACACCUUCCUUGGCUCCGCAGCUGCCGCCGGCGACAACCCCUCGCGCAAUUGGCGUCUCAACCGGUAUGCGAUGAUUUCCGAUCCACUGAGGAAGCACCUUCUUACAGAGAUGAACAACGCGGAGUGGGAGUUGUUGGACGAGCAGGAAUGGGACGAUGGCGGCGAAAAGAUGGAUGACGCCGUCGUCAUAAAAGCGAGAGUGAUGGAUGGAAAGGAGUACGAUGAUGCUAGAAGCAUUAUGACGCCCGGUGCAGAGGACGAGGGUGCCCGUGUCAGCAAGGGCAAGAGUGGCUGGACCAAGCUUAAGAAUCGGGACAAGCCCUAG